ACGCCACAUGAUAAAGGCUGUUUGUUGUUGGUUCACCAAUGUUUGAUAUGUUUGGGUGAAGUAUUGGCUACACCCUACCAUAAGCAAGUGUAGAAUACAGGAAAUUCAACAACAUGGAUACAGAAGAAUCACUGCUCAUCCUCAGAGCGCAAUAUUUCCAAUGCCUCGACGUCGAGUGCCUUAGGUGGCCCCCACAGAGGCUACUUGCCCACCCAGACGCUUGCUACUGGAUCUGGAAGCAUCUCUGCUAUGAGAAGCGAGCAAUGGCCAAGCUCCCUGCUCCUCAAUACCGCUUGAACUUCUUCAAAAAACUACUGGAGAGGCUCGGGCGGGCUGGUCACAUCAUCACCGACGAUCCGAAAGAGGACGGCGUACGUCCUUCCAUUGUUGCAAUGGUAGAGGCCCUCAAGAUGCUCGAGGAGAAGUACACUUCAGGCAGUUCCGACGACCCCGAAGACAUGUACGUCACCUACACCGUCCCCACGUUCCCACCCAGGUCGUUAUCCGCUGUGAACCCGGACAUCGUCACACUUGUAGAGUCCAGGCGACUUGUCGCCGGAUCGAGGUUCACCGGCCACCGGACCUGGGACGGCGCCCUGCACCUCGCGCACUACCUCGUUGCAGAGAAAGGGAGCACUGUGAGGGGACGCUCGAUACUGGAACUAGGUGCCGGUGCGGGCUUCCUGUCGAUCCUCUGUGCCAAGUGUUUUGGAGCCGAGAGCGUCAUUGCCACAGAUGGUGACGAGCGCGUCAUUGAGGAGGCACGUAGAAACGUUGAAAUAGGCGGCUUGAGUGGUGAAGGAGAAGGCCAUGGCCGCGUGGAAGUUGAGAGGCUCUGGUGGGGCGAGGAUCUCGGAAAAUUGUGGCUUCAUGAUAGGUCAUCCAAGCAAGGCAAAAGCCUUGACGUUGUUCUUGGAGCAGAUUUGAUUUAUAACGAAGAGUCUGCCUCGGCCCUUGUGAAGACACUCAAGUCACUGCUUAUAUUACAGCCACGACUGAAGAUUAUUAUUUCAUGGGCCAUGCGGUUCCCAGAAGUCACGGAUAAGUUCCUCCGGGAUUGUGAGACGAAUGGACUUACUGUUCGGGAUUUGCCCUUUACUAUGACGCCGUACACACAACAGAAGGGCCUUUUCUACUUAACUGCCGUGCCACUUCGCAUUAUACAGGUAUUAUCGCGAUGAGGUGGCUGGCAGAGUCUUGCAACGAUGGAAAUGAAUAAGUAUGUAUAUAAAUAUAGAACUUGGACUUAAGACUAGGCGAGGAUACGCCAAGCCUGACGACGAGGCCUUCUUUUGAGAGCUUGCUAUCGCAAGUCAUUUCCACUAGAGCCACAGUGUAUCAUGGGACAUAAAAAAGAGUAUGAGUCUGUCAUUUCAUUAGGUAGUGCCAGUUCUACUCUUAAAGCUUGGUAUUAUGAAUAAAAGCUCCGGCUGACGAGGUGGCCCGCCAACAAACCUGAAUCCUGUAACGGACAGAUUGAACGUGUAAACCGCUGCUACAAGU